AUGCCUUCAGCUGAAUCCAAUAUGGAGGGGUUCUUCCUUACGGAGCCGCGCCCUGAUCAAGUCUACGUUGAGCUUUCAGCCCUAGAAGGGGGGCAGUUGACUCUCCCAGAGAAGAUGUUCAUCACCGAGGCUGAUUUAGAAAGACGUGUCACAGUGCCCUCGCUGUCCUUUCUCAUCCGCCAUCCAUCUGGUAUCUCUGGAAAGCCCACGAACAUUCUUUUCGAUCUGGGCAUGAAGAGAAAUGCAGAGGAAUUCUCACCUACCAUGCAAGCUCACAUUAGCAAUCGCCAGCCAACUAUAGUGCAUUCAGACGUGGCUGAUUCUUUGCGCGGCGGGAACCUAGAACCUUCGAGUAUUGAUCUGGUUCUUCUAAGUCAUGUACACUGGGAUCAUGUCGGAACACCGGAUGACUUUUCCGAAGCACAAUUCAUUGUGGGCGCCGGCACUUUGAACAUGCUUCAUCAUGGUGCACCCCCUCAUUAUCCAGCCGACAAUUUUAUUCCCGACCUGUUGCCAGAAGACCGGACCCGGGAGCUUCCCCCAGCCCCCACGAACACCACUCCAGAUGCAGGAGCUCCUGAAAUUUUCCCCGCACCAAAAUCUCAGCAAACCACACAUGAAUGGAACCCACUGGGCCCUUUUCCCGCCGCGGUUGACCUGUUUGGUGAUGGCAGCAUUUACAUCAUCAAUAGCCCGGGGCACCUCAUUGGCCAUAUCAACUUACUAGUUCGUUUAUCGGAGACAAAGUGGGUGUAUUUGGGUGGGGAUUGCUGUCAUGAUAUUCGAAUCUUACAUGGAGAGAAGGACAUUGCUCUUUACAGUGAUGGGCACGGCGGCAAGCGGAGUGUGCAUAUACACACGGAGGGUGCACAGGGCACUCUUGGGAGAAUUCGAGACAUGAUGGAUGAGUUCAACAAGAUCGCGGUGGAGACCCAUAGCGAGCAAAUAGUUGAGGUGAUUGUAGCCCAUGAUGGUGGCUGGCGGGAGAGGAAUCCCUCAAAGUUUUUCCCAGGUAAAGUUUAG